CCGCCCCCUCCCCUGGGGAGGCUCGCGCUCCCGCUGCUCGCGCCUGCGCCGCCCGCCGGCCUCAGGAACGCGCCCUCUUCGCCGGCGCGCACCCUCGCAGUCACCGCCACCCACCAGCUCCGGCACCAACAGCAGCGCCGCUGCCACCGCCCACCUUCUGCCGCCGCCACCACAGCCACCUUCUCCUCCUCCGCUGUCCUCUCCCGUCCUCGCCUCUGUCGACUAUCAGGUGAGCUUUGAACCAGGAUGGCUGAGCCCCGCCAGGAGUUCGAAGUGAUGGAAGAUCACGCUGGGACGUACGGGUUGGGGGACAGGAAAGAUCAGGGGGGCUACACCAUGCACCAAGACCAAGAGGGUGACACGGACGCUGGCCUGAAAGAAUCUCCCCUGCAGACCCCCACUGAGGACGGAUCUGAGGAACCGGGCUCUGAAACCUCUGAUGCUAAGAGCACUCCAACAGCGGAAGAUGUGACAGCACCCUUAGUGGAUGAGGGAGCUCCCGGCAAGCAGGCUGCCGCGCAGCCCCACACAGAGAUCCCAGAAGGAACCACAGCUGAAGAAGCAGGCAUUGGAGACACCCCCAGCCUGGAAGACGAAGCUGCUGGUCACGUGACCCAAGAGGAGUUGAGAGUUCCGGGCCGGCAGAGGAAGGCGCCUGAAAGGCCCCUGGCCAAUGAGAUUAGCGCCCACGUCCAGCCUGGACCCUGCGGAGAGGCCUCUGGGGUCUCUGGGCCGUGCCUCGGGGAGAAAGAGCCAGAAGCUCCCGUCCUGCUGACCGCGAGCCUUCCUCAGCACCGUCCCGUUUGCCCAGCGCCUCCUCCAACAGGAGGCCCUCAGGAGCCCUCCCUGGAGUGGAGACAAAAAGGCGGGGACUGGGCCGAGAAGGGUCCGGCCUUUCCGAAGCCCGCCACCACUGCGUAUCUCCACACAGAGCCUGAAAGUGGUAAGGUGGUCCAGGAAGGCUUCCUCCGAGAGCCAGGCCCCCCAGGUCUGAGCCACCAGCUCAUGUCCGGCAUGCCUGGGGCUCCCCUCCUGCCUGAGGGCCCCAGAGAGGCCACACGCCAACCUUCGGGGACAGGACCUGAGGACACAGAGGGCGGCCGCCACGCCCCUGAGCUGCUCAAGCACCAGCUUCUAGGAGACCUACACCAGGAGGGGCCGCCGCUGAAGGGGGCAGGGGGCAAAGAGAGGCCGGGGAGCAAGGAGGAGGUGGAUGAAGACCGCGACGUCGAUGAGUCCUCCCUCCAAGACUCCCCUCCCUCCAAGGCCUCCCCAGCCCAAGAUGGGCGGCCUCCCCAGACAGCCGCCAGAGAAGCCACCAGCAUCCCAGGCUUCCCAGCGGAGGGUGCCAUCCCCCUCCCUGUGGAUUUCCUCUCCAAAGUUUCCACCGAGAUCCCAGCCUCAGAGCCCGACGGGCCCAGUGCAGGGCGGGCCAAAGGGCAGGAUGCCCACCUGGAGUUCACGUUUCACGUGGAAAUCACACCCAACGUGCAGAAGGAGCAGGCGCACUCGGAGGAGCAUUUGGGAAGGGCUGCAUUUCCAGGGGCCCCUGGAGAGGGGCCAGAGGCCCGGGGCCCCUCUUUGGGAGAGGACACAAAAGAGGCUGACCUUCCGGAGCCCUCUGAAAAGCAGCCUGCUGCUGCUCCGCGGGGGAAGCCCGUCAGCCGGGUCCCUCAACUCAAAGCUCGCAUGGUCAGUAAAAGCAAAGACGGGACUGGAAGCGAUGACAAAAAAGCCAAGACAUCCACACGUUCCUCUGCUAAAACCUUGAAAAAUAGGCCUUGCCUUAGCCCCAAACACCCCACUCCUGGUAGCUCAGACCCUCUGAUCCAACCCUCCAGCCCUGCCGUGUGCCCAGAGCCACCUUCCUCUCCUAAAUACGUCUCUUCUGUCACUCCCCGAACUGGCAGUUCUGGAGCAAAGGAGAUGAAACUCAAGGGGGCUGAUGGUAAAACGAAGAUCGCCACACCGCGGGGAGCAGCCCCUCCAGGCCAGAAGGGCCAGGCCAACGCCACCAGGAUUCCAGCAAAAACCCCGCCCGCUCCAAAGACACCACCCAGCUCUGGUGAACCUCCAAAAUCAGGGGAUCGCAGCGGCUACAGCAGCCCCGGCUCCCCAGGCACUCCCGGCAGCCGCUCCCGCACCCCGUCCCUUCCAACCCCACCCACCCGGGAGCCCAAGAAGGUGGCGGUGGUCCGUACUCCACCCAAGUCGCCGUCUUCCGCCAAGAGCCGCCUGCAGACAGCCCCCGUGCCCAUGCCAGACCUGAAGAACGUCAAGUCCAAGAUCGGCUCCACUGAGAACCUGAAGCACCAGCCGGGAGGCGGGAAGGUGCAGAUAAUUAAUAAGAAGCUGGAUCUUAGCAACGUCCAGUCCAAGUGUGGCUCAAAGGAUAAUAUCAAACACGUCCCGGGAGGCGGCAGUGUGCAAAUAGUCUACAAACCAGUUGACCUGAGCAAGGUGACCUCCAAGUGUGGCUCAUUAGGCAACAUCCAUCAUAAACCAGGAGGUGGCCAGGUGGAAGUAAAAUCUGAGAAGCUUGACUUCAAGGACAGAGUCCAGUCGAAGAUUGGGUCCCUGGACAAUAUCACCCACGUCCCUGGCGGAGGAAAUAAAAAGAUUGAAACCCACAAGCUGACCUUCCGCGAGAACGCCAAAGCCAAGACAGACCACGGGGCGGAGAUCGUGUACAAGUCGCCAGUGGUGUCUGGGGACACGUCUCCACGGCAUCUCAGCAAUGUCUCCUCCACCGGCAGCAUCGACAUGGUAGACUCGCCCCAGCUCGCCACGCUAGCUGACGAGGUGUCUGCCUCCCUGGCCAAGCAGGGUUUGUGAUCAGGCCCCUGGGGCGGUCAAUAAUCGUGGAGAGGAGAGAAUGAGAGAGUGUGGAAAAAAAAGGAAUAAUGACCCGGCCCCCGCCCUCUGCCCCCAGCUGCUCCUCGCAGUUCGGUUAAUUGGUUAAUCACUUAACCUGCUUUUGUCGCUCGGCUUUGGCUCGGGACUUCAAAAUCAGUGAUGGGAAUAAGAGCAAAUUUCAUCUUUCCAAAUUGAUGGGUGGGCUAGUACUAAAAUAUUUAAAAAAAAACAUUCAAAAACAUGGCCACAUCCAACAUUU